AUGUUGAUGUUUGUAGAACGACAACCCACGAAACACGAUGGAUUCUCAGAUGAAAUUAAAGUCUUGGGCACUACAAAGAUCACAGCCGAAAAAAUGAGAAGAAUACGAACGCUUUUAUACCUACAACUGGCUACGCACCUCCCAGGGGCAGCCUUUGCACAGUUUUGCACAUCCUUGAACAACGAUACAUGGGCUGGAUUUAUCGAAGGAGUUCAAUCAGCAUCACAAAAUGGUCUCGCCAUUCUUUGUCCAUUCGAAAUCAGAGGAGAUGGAUGCCCGUCACAAGAAGAAUAUCCAAUUGGAUUAGUUGUGGAUGACUUGGCGGAAGUGUUCAUUUCUUGUGAUCGCUUUCAAUAUGGAUUGAAUACCAAUUCAGAAUGCACUUUAGAUUGUCCUGGAAGGCACUUCACAGUUUCCGAGUUAUCAAAGUUGACUCUGGAACGGCUGGUGCUAUCGGGUGCAACCGAUUCGUCAAUCAAGGUGGAGGAGGGAGGGAGUCUUACACUCAAGAAUUCGAUCCUGAAGGACAACGUUGCAGGUGAAAAAAAUGGUGGUGCCAUACGCGCUAUGAUGUAUUCCACUGUAACAGUUGAAUAUAGUCAGUUUAUGAGAAACGAAGCUGCGUACGGGGGUGCCAUCUAUGGCUUUCAAGAAAGCAAGUUUGAAUCUUUCGAGUCUAUCUUUGACGAAAACAAGGCAACGAUUGCGGGCGGUGCCUAUGCGAACGAUGUUUAUUCCAAUUGUCGUUUUGAGAAAAGCCAAUUCUAUCAAAAUGAAGCAUCUUCAGGAGGUGCACUGUACGUUGCAAGCUAUUCAAUAGCAAAAGUACUUGGGGGUCUGUUUGAUAAAAAUAUCGGCAUAAAUGGUGGGGCGAUAUUUGAUGGUGGGGCAGUUGACAUCUACGAUGCCACAUUCAACGAAAAUGUUGCACUAAACUCCGGUGGUGCUGUAUAUAUUGACGCGGGCUCAUCGACAUCCAUGCAUCGAAAUGAGCUCAUCAACAAUCGUGCUGCUGUCUUCGGUCCAGCCGUGAACAAUCGUUUCAACACUAACGUCGAUGCAGUCAACAACACUGCAUGUGGAAACAUUGCCGAAACAACCAACUCACAAUGCAAUGGAGUCUUUGUCUUUGUUAGUAGGCGUCAGCGCCGAUGUGAGCCAUUCUCUGAGGAGUGUAUCCCACCAACAGCAGAGCCAACCACAAGUCCAGCGCCUUCAGACGAAGCUUCAAAUUCGCCGACGUCUUUGCCAACCCAGGCCCCAUCUCCAAGACCAACCGCCCGACCAUCGAGUAAUCCGUCCGCUGAAAAGUCAGGUCAACCUUCGAUAUCGCCAUCUUUGCGAGGUUCGUCUAGUCCAACUCGAGUGGGUUCCAGUUCCCCUUCCUUGGAGGCCUCUCUUUUACCCACCGUUGCGUCAUCAAGUGCACCUUCCUCGAUGCCAACUAUCGCUGGCUCAGAGGCGCCGUCCAAUGCACCAUCGAAACGGGAUUCGACUAUGCCAACGAGUGACCCUUCUACUUCUCCGUCUUCUGAACCGUCUGCGUCUCUAUCUGUGCGCCCUACUGUUGCAGAGUCGUCAAGGCCAACCAUAUCGGCAUCCGAUUCUCCAACCGGAUUGCCCUCUUCCGAACCAACCAUCAAGGAUUCUAGUGUACCUUCCAUUGAACCCACCUAUCAACCAUCGUUGGAAGCUUCGGAAUCUCCGACAGAGGUCCCUACACCUAAUCCAACCAAGACUCCGUCUGAGAUUCCGACGAUGAACCCAACAAGCCUAAGGACGCCAAGUCCAACGAAUCGACCUCCGAUUGAAUGGAGCACUCGCUUCCCCCUCAAGUGGUGCGAAGGAGAUUGCGACAGAGACUCUGACUGCCAGCCUGGCCUCAUUUGCUUUCAGCGCGGACCCUUCACCCCCGUUCCUAGCUGCUCAGGAGGUUCUCAAAAUGAAUCCUUUACAGAUUACUGCAUCAAAGAUCCUUCUCGAGUGACACCACCACCACCAACUCCAUCGCCAACCAAAGCACCAACGCUUGCUCCAUCAAUGAAGCCAACAUCGAAGCCAACAAGACCACCUACUUCAGUACCAACUCCUUUGGCAUCGCAACUUCCAAGUGUUCUUGUUUCAUCAAGUCCGACAUCAAACCCAUCCGCCGCAGCGAGCUUUAGGCCAACGGAUGCUCCAAGUAUGGAAGCAUCAUUUGGACCCUCCUUUACAACUACAAUCCCAUCCCACCAGCCAUCCAUCGAAGACUCCUCGAGCCCAACAGUAUCACCAACCAAGUCACCGACUCCAAGACCCACUGAAGUCGCCAAGCCUCCUGUGCUUUGGAGUGACAGCUUCGUCAAGGGGCUCUGUGAAGGUGACUGCGAUAGUGACUGGGAAUGUGAAGGUGACUUGGUCUGCUUUCAAAGGAACGAAUUUAUAGAUGUUCCAGGGUGCUUAGGAGGAAAAGAUAAUGGGUCCAGAACAGAUUACUGUGUGAAACCAGAGUAUGCCAACCGACGAGCGUAG